UGAGUUGUUCCUUAUGUAUAUAAACUGUAUAUGUGGUUAUGUUUUCAAUAAGUUGUCUGCUGUGACUCCGAACUGUCAACAUGGCUCCCAGAGGUAUGAUUACCAUGACAGCCGUUCUCCUCUGCUUCACACUGGGCCCGCUCGGUCCAGCUCCGGCUACCUGUUCCCAAAUGAGCAGAUCAUGUUGUACGAAGUACAAUACGCAGCCAGUGCCCUUGCAGCGUAUAGAGGGCUACAGAGAACAAACCCUCAAGGAAAACUGCCACAUCGAGGCAAUCAUUUUCUACACGGUAAUGAAGAAUGAGAUAUGUGCGACUCGGAAGGAUCUGUGGGUGAGAAAAAUUCUCAAAUUACUCAGCUCCAGACUGAAGAAGAUGUCCAAGGCUGGCUAAGCUGCGGCUGAAACUCUGAUGAAGAAAACAACAAAUCCUCCGUCUAGCGAUGGAAGUGGAUCUUUCUUCAGUGCCACUCAAACCUUCCAGAACAACACUGGGCGCUUUUAUUAGCAACAUCAUGCUUUUUCUGACUAUGGUAUUUCUUUCUUUUUAUGUGAAUCUGCUAAAUCACAUUAAUCAGCAAAUACUACAUAUAUUAUCUUGAAUAAAUAAACCUACUAGAUAGUA